CAAUCAUUUCAGAGCUGCGUAUUCGAGUUCGGAAGUUGAGCCUCGAGCUUGACCAAUCGGAUGUACUGCUAACAGCGGCAGUAGAAUAUCUGGGAGUAAUGGGAUUUCGCUUUCCCAUCAGAUCGGAAGGUGAAGUAGAACGUUUGGAGGCCGCCGUUCGAGGCGAUAUGCACACGCGAAGCAGUUAUAUAAAAUACCUGCGAGAUUCGAAGAAACCAGAUGCACCGAUAAGGCGCAUCUUCCAGUCGGUUUUCUACGACGAAGCCCUGGUCAAUUACAACUACAACGGGCUUAGCAAUGUUCCGAACGUUAAGAAACGAGCCAUGAAGGGCUACGCCAUUUUUAGGGACUGCUUUCUCGCGGCUUGGCAGGAAUUCGGGGUCACUGAUGAUAUGGUUCGGGCCAUGUUGACGGAAAUUAUCAAAAAUAUCAACCGCAGAAGACGAAAUCGUAAAUAUAAAGAUCGAAUUAGGAAAAAAAGGAAUCCAAAGAAGGCACAAACCACAGUAUUAAAUCGAAAUUCACAAAUCAUCCCACCCAGAUGUAGUCAAGAAUGAAUCAAUCAUUUCUGCAGUACCAGAAUUUCGAUUAUUCAAACGCUGAAACCAUUCCAGAUCAUUCCGA